AUGGGACGUAGUGCUCACCGGCCAUUUUAUUGCCGGUUUUUGCUGGGUUGCCCCCCACACGAAGCAAGACCAACCAGUUCUCUUACUUUGAAAAUCAGUGGCGAGACCCGUGGGAAGCAAUCUGGUAUCAAUUGUCUCAGGCUAGGACAACGGCGAUUCAUCCUCCCCCAGAUCAAGUCCAGGUGGGAGCCAGAACCGCCAUCCCUUCAAUGGCUAGACUCUGCCUUUUUUGGGAAGAGGCCCCUUCAGGGUUUCAUCAGCCCUCCAAACAAGGCUUCUUUUUCGUUUACGGGAGAGGCAGUCAGGGCUGCUCUUCCAUUCUUCGGGUUUCAAGUUGCACUCCGACUUUCUGCCCGAGGGCGUACUCGGAGGCCGAACGAUAACGGGUAUGUCCUCAUCAUCCCCAAGAGGAGAAGAGGAUCUAUACCAGGCUGA